AUGCCACGAACACGAGCUGCUUCGUCAACAUCUGAUAAACCGAAGAAACGUCUUCCAUCCUAUCUCGAUUUUGAUCAUGAUUCAUACGGGUGGAAAGCAAAUAUUGACUAUCGAAAACAUCCUGAACUCUAUCGAAUCGGGCGUGGUGAGCAAGGCGUGCUCACUUGUCUACCAUACAAAAGUGAGAUCUGUCCACAUUGGCGAUUCAAAACUGCUUCUGAAGCUAUUGAAUCCUCGAACAAAAUUUACGAACUUUUCAUAAAUUAUCUCGACAAUGACGAUUUCGUUGGCGCUGAUAUGGCUCGAAAAUACUUACAAAUGGGUUUUACUCGUUCGCGACGUUACGCCAAUCAUGCUAGUGGGACAAAGUACGAUCAGGAAACUUACGACAUUCUGCCCCAAGAAGAAACUCAUCUAACCAAUGAAAAAGCUCGAUCAGCGGAAAUUUUCAAACAGAAAUGGUUCGAAGCCAAGGACAAUUCUUUAUACAAAGAAAUGGCUGAUAAACAUCGAGCUACUUAUGAAACAAAAACUAGACACGCUGGUAAACAAACAAAAGACAAGGAUUAA